AUGGGUGCGUCAUCUAAAGCGGAUCGAUUGAAGGAAGUGAAAGUUAAGCCACCGGAUAAAAGUGUUGCUGUCCAGUACGUUUGGACUGAAGUGGAUGUGAAAGAUCUAGUUCCCCCUGGGGUCAUUGAUCAGUCCUCAGCUACGAUUUAUAAAGCUCGUCGUAAGCCAAGUGCUUCUGGAGCUGUUGCUUCGGGGAUUGGAAAAGCUGAAUGGAAAAUGGAGGGGAAAGCUUUCAGAGUGAAGAACAGAGCUCGAAAAAUUGUGGAUGGGAUAUCACCGAUAGAUGCAAAGGAAUACUACACUGAAGAAGCUAAUGAGGAGGAAACGGAAGAUGACUCGGAGUCUGUAUCGGCCUGGGAGUCGGAUUCUAAUAGUUCAAUUCCUGGAAAUGAUAGCAAUAUGAAGGGGUUGAAGGAUGGGGGUUCUGGUGAGCUGAAGACUAUUGGAGUUCAAGUUGUCUCUAUUCCUUCAGGUAAUACUGCUAAUUUGUUGAAAAAUUGGGAUGGUUCUAAGGUGAAUGAUGAAUUAUUGAGCCCUAGUUCGGAAUUGAAGAGUGUUACUAGUGAAAUGAUUAGGGUGAAUCCUAACAUUGAUGUGAUUGAUGUCAAUAAACCUGUAUGCCCUGAUUUGGUUGAUGAUGAAGUUGAGAAGUCUAAAUCUAAUGGUGAUAAGAAGGUUAUCAGUAAUGAAGAAUUUAUUCCGGGAGUUGGCUUUCAAUUUCUUAAUGAGUUGAAGGUGGAAACACCUAAGAGGAAGGAUUUAGAUAGUAAGUUGAAUCAGGAAAUGGAUGUCGAUAUGUCAAAUUUGAAUAAGCAAGUUAAUGAGGAAGGAGAUGAUUCUGAAGAUGAUGGUUCUUCUGAAGAGGAUGGGGAAGAUGAAUCUAGUGAGGAUGAGUCUAGUGAAGAUGAGGAAAUUGUGAUGGAAGAGGAGGUUAAUACUAAGAUGAGUAAAGAGCCUAGUUUAAAGAUGAAGUCUGGUACUGUUAUUAAUAGUAUUAAUAUGCUUCCUUCUAUUUUGGGUGAUGCUAAUAGUUGUAAAAAGGUGGAUGGUGAUAGUCAGGGGAACUUGUUGAACUCUUAUGCAGGUGUGUUAAAAGGUAAUAGACAUAAGGGUAAGAUUGAUGUCAAGUUUAUUCCAGGGGAAAAAGGCAAAGAAGAAGGACCUGUUAUUAUCCCGAUUGAGAAUUUAAAGAAAGCGAGUAUUCCAUAUACUAAUACUUUAUAUGGGUAUAUGAUUGAUAAGAAGUUAGCGUUUCCUGUGAUUCAGCAAGAGGUUAGAAGGCUAUGGAAGAAUGUGGGUCUUGAAGAGAUAUUCAUGAACAGUAAAGGGUUUUUCUUUUUUAAAUUUAGUGAUGAGCAGGGGAUGUUAUCUAUAUUGGAGGGAAGCCCAUGGUUGAUGUUCAAUAAUAUGCCAUUAUUUCUUCAAAGGUGGAGACCAGGUCUGAAAUUAACCAAGAAUAGUCAUGAUAAAAUUCCGGUGUGGAUCAAAAUCUUUGAUUUACCUUUGGAAGUAUGGAGUGGAGAGAAUUUGUGUAUUAUAGCGAGUAAGUUGGGGGUGCCUCUGGCUUUUGAUUCUUUUACUGAGGAGAUGUGUUUGGAACACAAGGGUAGAAACGCUUAUGCUCGAAUUCUUGUUGAAAUGGCGGCUGAUAAGGAAUGGAUGAGGAAAAUUGAGGUUUCUACUUGGGAUUUUGUUACUAAUUCUGCUGUGGUUCAGAGUUUUGAUGUGGAGUAUGCUUGGAUGCCUUCUAGAUGUAAUCACUGUAAGGUUUAUGGGCAUACGGAUAAAGUUUGUUUGGCAGCUUUGAAUGAAGAGAAAGUGGUAAAGAAUGGGGAUAAUGGGAACAAUAAGAGAAAUAAAGGGAAGGAAAUGGUUAAUGAUGAUGGAUUUACGGAGGUUGUUUAUAAGAAGGUUGCAGGAAAUAAUGAUGGUGAAGGUACUAGUAAAUCUAAGGAGGGUCAUGCUCAAUUGUAUAAUCAAAGAUAUAGUGGGAAGAAUGGAAAUUUUAACAGGGGAAAUAAUUUCAGAGGCAAUUAUGGGAAUAGAGGUGGUAAUGGAAGGGGACAGAAUGGGAAUUGGAAUAAUAAAGGGGUGGGUCAUUGGAAUUUGGAAAAGAAUAGAAGAUAUGAGAAGUUUGUUAAUGGUCAGGCUUUGGUUGGUAAUCAGGGGAAAAUGGAGAAUAAGAUGCAGGGGAAUGCUAUAAAGGAUGAUAACAUAAAAGUGGGUGUUAACAAGAGUCUAGAAAAUAAGACUGUUUCUAGUGAUGGUUGCAGUAUUAAAAAUAGUUUUGAAAUCCUGGGAAGGAUUGAUGAGGAAGUUAUGGAUAGAAUGGAAGAGGAUGCUAAGGGAGGCAAAGUUGAUGGUUAUCAGGAAGGUGAUUGUGUUGAUUAUUCUUCUGAUGUUGUUGGAAUAAUGAAUAAUAAGUUGGAUCCUUCUAAGUUUGUUGGGAAGGGUAAUGUAGGGAAUGAAAGUAAUAAAAUGAAGAAUAGUAUGAUGGUUCAGGGGAAUAGUAAAAGCAAAGAUGGGAUUUCUCAGGCAUUUGAGGAGAAGGAGGUUAUUGAUGUUAUUAGGAGUAAUAACCUUGGUAUAUGUGCUGUGGUGGAGUCUCAUGUCAAGGUCUUAAAUCUUAAGAAUGUUUGUGUUAAGACCUUUGGUCAAUGGGAUUGGGUUUCUAAUAAUAGUAGCUGUGAGGCUGGAACUAGAAUAAUUGUUGGAUGGAAUCCAAGACUUUUUGAUGUGAUGGUGAUUUCUCAGUCUAGACAAGUUAUUCACUGUUAUGUUAGAUUCUGUGAUUCCAAUUAUAGCAUGUAUUUGUCUUUUAUAUAUGCUGCUUCGAAUUAUCUUGAGAGAAGGUUAUUAUGGGAUAAUUUGAAGAAACAUAGUUUGGUUGUUAAGAAGGAAGCAUGGGGAAUAUUAGGUGAUUUUAAUGUUGCUUUAAAACCAUCGGAAUAUUCUGAAGGUUGUUCCAAAACGCCUAAAGGAGUUGAUGAUUUUAUUGACUGUAUAAACUUUAUUGAAGUUGAGGAUCUGAAUUCCUCUGGGUUUCAGUUUACUUGGAAUAAAACUCCUGCUGGGAAUAAGGGCCUUUUGAAGAAGUUAGAUAGGGUGAUGGCCAAUUUGAAAUUUGUUUCGGAUCAUCCUUUAGCUCAUGCUGUUUUUAAACCUUAUAGGGUGUCGGAUCAUUGUCCUGCUAUUUUAAAUGUUCCUGUUGGCAAAUUGAGAUGGAAACCUUCUUUUAGGUUUGCUAAUUUUAUCACUGAAAAGGUGGAGUUCUUACCCCUGGUUAAGGAAGUUUGGGAUGCUAAUAUUGAAGAAAAGCUUCUUUUCCAGAGAUCUAAGAUAAAUUGGUUACAGGAAGGGGACAAUAAUACAAAGUUUUUUCAUAGAGUUGUGAAGAGCAGGGGCAAUAGAAAUCGUAUUCUGAUGGUUAUUGAUGAAGAUGGAAGAUGGGUUAGUGGGAAGGCUAUGAAGGAUAAAUUUGUUACUCAUUUCAAUAAGUUUUUGGGUUGUAAAGAUGUUACUGAGUUUUCGUGUUUAAAUGAUGGUUUCUUUCAUAAUAAAUUGGAUAGUAGGGUGGCUGCUAAUAUGAUUAGAGUGGUGACUGAUGAAGAAAUCAAAGUGGCGAUGUUUGAUAUUGAUGAAAAUCGUGCCCCUGGACCUGAUGGGUACUCCUCCAAAUUUUUUAAAAGUUCUUGGAACAUUGUUGGGCCGGAGGUGUGUAAAGCUGUGAGGGAAUUUUUUUGGACUGGUAAAUUGUUGAAGGGGAUUAAUGCUACGAGAAUAGUGCUGGUUCCUAAAGUGGAGUUCCCGAGGAAAGUUUCUGAUUUCCGUCCUAUAGCCUGCUGUAACACUUUAUAUAAGUGUAUUAGUAAGAUUAUAGUGAACAGAAUUAGAAAUAGUUUGGGUGAUAUUGUGAGCAAAAAUCAAUCAGCUUUCAUUCCUGGAAGAUCUAUUGUGGAUAAUAUUCUCCUUGCUCAGGAGCUGAUGGUGGGGUAUAAAAAUAAGAGGGGAGUUCCCAAAUGCACCAUAAAGAUUGAUAUUCAAAAGGCAUAUGAUACGGUGGAUUGGAAUUUUCUUAGUAGAAUUCUGCAGGGGUUUGGUUUUCAUACGAUAAUGAUUCAGUGGAUUAUGGCUUGUGUUUCUACUCCUUGGUUCAUGCUUAACUUUAAUGGUGAAGAUCAUGGGUAUUUUGAAGGAAAGAGGGGUCUUAGGCAGGGUGAUCCUCUAUCUCCUUACCUAUUUACUAUAGUUAUGGAGGUGUUUAAUAUCAUCCUUUUGAAGAAAAUUGAAGCUGGCCAGAAUUUUAAGUUUCAUAGUAAGUGUAUGUCCCUUAAAAUUACUCAUUUAUGCUUUGCUGAUGAUUUGUUAGUUUUUUCUUAUGGAAAUGGGAAUUCUGCUAGAGUUAUAAGGGAUGCUCUUGAUGAGUUCAAAAAAGUUUCAGGGUUGAAGGCUUUAUCGUUUGCUGGAAGGCUGCAGCUCAUUAAUUCUGUUUUGACAUCUAUUCAUGUGUAUUGGGCUUCGAUUUUUAAAAUUCCCAUUGCUACUAUUAAAGAGAUUGAAAAGCUUUGUAGAAGUUUCUUGUGGGCGAAUGGUGAGGUAGUCAAAGGGAAAGCUAAAGUCAAGUGGAAUGAUAUUUGUAAGCCGAAAAUUUAUGGUGGUUUAGGAGUGAAGAAUUUAAGGAAAUGGAAUGAUGCUUUGUUAGCUAAACAUGUGUGGAAUGUGAUUAAUAGCAAAAAUUCUCUGUGGGUUCAGUGGGUGAAAUCCAAUUACAUUGGAAACAGGAAUUUUUGGGAUAUUUUGCAGAAGAAGAGUAUGAGCUGGACUUGGAAGAGGUUCCUUGAGGUGAGAAAAAUUGUUAGGCCCCAUGUUGUUUCGUGUGUGGGAAACGGGAUGAAUACUUCUCUCUGGCAUGAUUGGUGGCACCCAAUUGGUAUUUUAUGUUCUAUUAUAUCUAGAAGAGAUUGGGUUAGCAAUGGGUUUAGUGAUUCUUCCUUGGUCAGUGAUGUUCUAGUCUAUGAUUGCUAUACUUGGCCGGUUGAGUGGGUUAAUAUAUUCCCUGGAUUGAAGGAUGCUCCCAUGUUUUGUAUUGAGCCUAAUCUGAGGGAUGUUGCAGGUUGGAGAGAUAAGAAAGGAAUAUGUAAACAAUUUUCAUGCAAACAGGUGUGGUGGGAUAUAAAUAAUUUUGAAGACCAAGUUCCUUGGCAUGAUAUUGUUUGGUAUGGUAAUUGCAUUCCUCGAAAUUCGUUUAUUUUGUGGAUGGCUAUUUUGAAUAGAUUGAAGACCCAGGAUCGUGUCAGAGGUUGGGAAGUUUCUGGUAACUUACUUUGUCCUUUUUGUGCUGUUACUCCUGAUUCACAUGUUCAUCUCUUCUUUAAAUGUGAUUAUUCUCAACUUAUUUGGAGGUAUUUUUGUAAUAAGAUGGGUCUUAAUCUUUUUAUGGAUGAUUGGAAUGAAUUGAUUAUGAAGCUGUGCAGUUUGUUUAAAAGGAAUUCUGGUGAGAAUCUGGUUAAUAAAUGUGUUUUUGCUAGUUGUGUUGCACAUAUUUGGAAGGAGAGAAAUUCUAGACUAUUUAGUAACAGGAGAAAUUCGUAUAAGGGGCUGAUUGCUUGUAUUGAAAGUGAAAUACAUUUAAUGCUGUUGGGGUUGAGGAAAAAGGCUAAGAUGGUCAAUGAUAAAGUUUUUAAGGCCUGGGGUAUUUCUGGAAUGGAAAAAGUUUAA